AUGCCAGCCGGUGCGAUUGACGUACAUCCUGAAAAACACCAUCAUCAACAUGCGUAUGAUGAUGGUCAAGCGAAGACGGCGAGUGGGAUGGAAGCGCAGAUGCAGGAUCAAGAUCGGCUCGCUGCUUUGGGCGUCAAUUCAGGUUCGUCCCAUCGCAUCCACCAAUCUUUCCCCAAAGUAAUCCGUACUGAUGAUAGUAAACUGGCUUGGUCCACCAGAGUUGAAGCGUGGUUGGGGCUUACUGUCAGUGAAACCUUGCCGCAGUGAUAGACGAGAUGAUGGGUAAACCACUUCGGGCCGGCUCUGACUGAUGCUCUGACCUUCCUGCCGCGAAUUUCACAGCGAGAACUUUGGGUCGUCCUUUUCUAUCAUCUCUGUUGUGACGUGAGUGUUCGUCUCUGCUCCCGCUACCCGGGCCUGGGCAUAGUGCAGUGGACGGGGUGUCCUUCCCCGCCGGCCUUCGGAAUCGAGUCGGGCGCCUUCUUGGCUUAUCGCUAUCACUCGGCGGGAGCCGUGGGGGAGAGGCGCGGUCCCGUGACCGGGUGAGCUUCACUCCAUGGACCGACCCACGAUCCUUCGGUUUCGUCGGGGCCCACGACGUGACACGGACGUUCCUCCGUCCGAACACCCACCUCAUCAUUGACGUUAUUUUGUUCCGUACAUGAAUGCGAAACCCCUUUUCCUGACGCUCUAUUUGACCUGAUCUUGUCCACAGCGGUAUCACGACACUCUUUGCGACCGGGCUCGCUUCCGGUGGUCCGGCAGUAAUGGCCUUUGGGUGGAUCUUCGUCUCUUUCUUCACCAUGUUCGUGGCGGCAUCGAUGGCCGAGAUCGUCUCUGCCGUGCCGACAUCGGGUGGCCCCUAUCAUUGGAGCGCGCUGCUGGCCCCGCCAAAGUACUCAGCCUUCGCGGCGUGGUGCACGGGUUACUUCAACUUGCUUGGACAAGUCGCCGUCACCACGGGUAUCUCGUUUGGUCUUGCGGGAGUCAUCUCGACCAUCGCGGCCUUGCACGGCUAUGUCCCUUCGGCGGCCAAGACUAUCGGCAUCUACGCGGCCAUCCUCGUCUCGCACGGCAUCAUCAACACGUUCGGCAUCCGGCUGCUCGGAUUUUUCAACCGCGCUUCUAUCGUCUUGCAAUCCGUCGGCGUCGGCGGAUUAGCCAUCGCGGUGCUCGCGAAAGCGCCUCGCUUGCGGUCGGGCAGAGAAAUUUUCUUGGCCUUCAACGAUGGGACAGGUGUGGACGGCGCAGUAGGGUGGGGUCAGCGAGCGAGCAACGCGUACGUCGCUUGCAUUGGUAUUCUGCUUGCUCAAUAUACGAUCGUGAGUUCCACCAGCCCCCGAUCAGCACUUGUCGAGAUGGGUCGAGUCUGAUUACCCACUCUUCGAAUAGACCGGCUUCGAUGCGUCGGCGCACAUGUCGGAGGAAACACAUUCCGCCGCCCGAACUGCGCCUUUGGGCGUCAUCACCGCUGUCGGGGCCUCGGCUCUUUGGGGAUUCUUCUACCUCAUGAGUCUGUUGGCAUCCAUCCAGAACCUUGAGGACACGAUCGGUAACGAAGUUGGCAACCCCGUGCUUAAGAUCUUCUUGGAUUGCUUCGGCGAUCCCGGAGCGACGAUUGCUUUCGCGUUCAUCUGCGUUUGCAUCUUCCUUUGUGAGUGUUAUGGCCUAGUGUCCCAUAACAUCGUGUCACCUUGAGGAUUAUCAGCUCAAUGCGCUCUUGUUCGACACCUCCGCCCCGCCUCUAUCUUAUUUUUUUGUACAAACAGGCGGUCUCUUCUCCAUCACGGCCAACUCGCGCAUGAUGUACGCCUUCUCGCGUGAACGUGCCCUUCCGGGCUUCUUCGACCACGUCGAAAGCCGCUCCAGCUCACCCGUGCGUGCCGUCUGGCUCGCCGUCGUACUCGCCUUCUGUCUCGCGCUCCCCUCGCUCGGAUCGGCCGUCGCUUUCUCCGCUGCGACAUCGAUCGCGACCAUCGGACUUUACAUCUCUUACGUCAUCCCCAUCGGCAUUCGCCUAUUCGCUCAUAAAAGGUUCCUGGAGAUUAGGGGUCCGUGGCAUUUAGGUGCUGCGGGUCGGCCCGUUGCUGCGGUCGCGCUCGCCUACGUCGGGUUCAUCACCGUCGUCUUCGUGAGUCACAAGCCAUCAAUAGGCUUCUCAAAAAACGAAAUGAGGAGUUUUCGCUGACCCAUCGUCCACCUCAAUUCCAACAGUGCCUGCCCCAACUGAACCCGAUCGAUCGCGAGACGUUGAACUACACCCCUGUUGCGGUCGGCAUCAUCGGGCUCUAUACGAUCUUGUCGUGGUUCCUCUUUGCCCGACGAUGGUAUAAGGGCCCAAGGUUGAGUGAGUACCCUGAUGAUUUUUUUUAGCCUUGCUCUCCUUCACUUUGACUUAUAAUACUACAUUCCCUCCCUUUUUCUUUCAGUCGCUUUGGCCGAAGCGGCGUUGGAACCGGGUAUGCCCGUGAUCGCACAACUUGAAAGUGGGGACGAUAAGGACAAGGUGACCAAAGUUGGGGUCGAGAGGGUCCUCACGCAGUAG